AUGGUCUAUUUUCCAUCUUACAUCCUUAUUUUCUUUUGCAUAUUUUGUUCAAUAUUUAAUUCUCUCGCUAAAAAUAAUGGUUUUAGUGUUGAACUCAUUCAUCGUGAUUCCUAUAAAUCUCCGUUCUACAAUUCCGCCCAAACUAAAUCCCAACAGGUUAUCAACGCUGUACAUCGUUCUAUCAAUCGUGACAAUCAUAUGAAUAGAAAAUUUUCCCCCACUGGAAACAAAAAUGAGUCAUCUUCAAUUCGUGAUUCUAAUGGCGAAUAUCUCAUGAGUUAUUCAAUUGGGACCCCACCAUUUAAGGUCUAUAGUAUUUUUGAUACAGGUAGUAACAUAAUGUGGCUUCAAUGCAAACCUUACAAUAUAUGUUACAACCAAACCUCUCCUAUAUUUAAUCCUUCAAAAUCUUCAAGUUACAAAAAUAUUCCAUGUUCUUCUAGAACAUGUAAAUCUGUGGAAGAUACUACUUGUUUUUCUGAUAAAGAUACAUGUGAAUAUACUGUUGACUAUGGUCAUGGAACAAAGACAAAAGGAGCUCUUAGUAUCGAGACUCUUACAUUGAGUUCUACCUCUGCCUCUAUUGUCUCGUUUCCUAAAAUUAUGAUAGGAUGUGGACACACAAAUACUUUAUCCUAUGAGUAUAAAGGUCCAAGCUCUGGUGUAAUUGGCUUUGGUAAGGGUCAUAUGUCAAUUGUAAAACAAUUAGGAUCUUCAAUUGAAGAAAAAUUCUCAUAUUUUUUAAUUGAUGAGUAUAGUAGCAAGUCUAAUAUAACAAGCAAACUCAAUUUUGGAGAUGCAGCUACUGUUACGGGUGAUGACGUUGUUUCAACUCCUAUGGUCGAAAUAAUAGGAAACCACCAAGAAGACUAUUACUACCUAAAUUUAAAAGCAUUUAGUAUGGGAAAUAAAAGAAUAAAAUAUAGAGGGUUUAAACCUAAAGGAACAAAUGCCGCUAUGCAUAGUGUCGUCAUUGACACUGGUACACCUGUAACUAUGCUUCCACGUCAUUUUUCCCAUAGAUUGGAAUCAGUGGUGAAAAAAGUGGUAAAAUUAAAACGAUUUCAAGAUGAUACUGGUACGUAUAACCUUUGUUAUAAUACCACAUCCCAACAAUCAAAUUUUCCUGUACUUACUGUUCAUUUUAGUGGCGCAGAUAUAAAGUUGGAUUAUAAGGGUGCAUUUGAUUCUUUAUAUGAGGGAUUAAAUGUCUUGCUUUUCGCCCAAAAAAAUUAUGGAUUAGGCAUCUUUGGAAAUAUGGCACAGUGGAACUACUUGGUUGGAUAUGACCUUGCAAAAAAAAUUAUCUCGUUCAAACCUACGGAUUGUUCAAAGUAUUGA